AUGGCGUGGUCGCUGUUCGCGGGGCGGGCGCUGCUGUGGCGGCGCUCGGAGCGGCGGCGCUGGACACGGAGCGGGAGCUGCGCGCGGGCGCUGGACAAUCGGCUCGUGCUGCUCUUCUUCGGCGCCGCGCGCUGCCCGCGCUGCCGCGAGUUCGAGCCCCGCCUGCGCCGCUUCUGGAGCCGCCUCACGGACCCCGCGCACGUGGAGCGGCCCGAGCAGCUGCGCCUGCUGCGCCUGGUGUACCUGGGCCAGGACAGGAGCGAACGGGAGCACCGCGAGUACCUGAGGGCCAUGCCCCGCACCUGGAUGGCGCUGCCCUACCGGGACGCUGCAUUCGGCAGGAGCGAGAGGGAGCACCGCGAGUACCUGAGGGCCAUGCCCCGCACCUGGAUGGCGCUGCCCUACCGGGACGCUGCAUUCGGGCAGGUGAGGGGCAGGUGGGACAGGAGCAGCUGUACCUGGUGUACCUGGGCCAGGACAGGAGCGAGAGGGGAGCACCGUGAGUACCUGAGGGCCAUGCCCCGCACCUGGAUGGCGCUGCCCUACCGGGACGCUGCAUUCGGCAGGGAGCUGGCAGACCGUUUCGGGGUGUCGGAUCUCCCGGCCGUGGUGGUGCUGGCCCCCAGCGGGGCCGUGCUGGUCGCCGACGCCGUGCGGGAGAUUCGCGACUCGGGCCCCUCGUGCUUCCAGGGCUGGCGCCAGGCGGCCGAGCUGCUGGACAGGAACUUCCAGGAGCCGCAGGAGCAGGAGCGCGAGGGAUCCGCGCCCUUCCGCAGCCUCACCGAGCCCCUGCGCCGCUGGAAGUACCAGGAAGAGGAGGAGGAGGAGGAGGAGGAGGAGGAAGAGGAGGAGGAGGAGGAGGAGGGAGGAGGAGGAGGUGAGGACUGGGAACGGCAGCUCCGGUUGUGGCUUCUCCAGGAGCAGGAGCGCGAGGGAUCCGCGCCCUUCCGCAGCCUCACCGAGCCCCUGCGCCGCUGGAAGCACCAAAUCCACCCCGAGGAGGAGGAGGAGGAGAUAGGGGAGGAAGAGCAGCCGCAGUAG